AGCCAAGUCAGCCAAUGUCGCGAAUUGUUCCACCCCGUGAAGUCCGGACAAUCCCAAAUGUUCAUCCGGCUUAUCUGCGUCCCGAGAUAUCCCUGCAUCACGAUCCAGUCGAACAUUGGAUAAACCAAAAGUUAAAGAACCUGGAGAAGCGUGAUCGAAGUUGCCUCCGGGAACAGACCCAUCAUGCCUCUUCUCAGAACAGUGAACAGUUCCAGCCUGUAGCAGUCGAGGCCGAAUAUGACGCGCGAAACGAUCGACCCUCGCCACCUACGAUUCAAACACUCUGCAAAGACAUCCGCUCGAACCAGUCGGGUGCAAUGGGUCAAGGAGAUCGAGUUACCGAGCGAUGUUUCUACAGGUCUCCAGCGGCGAAAACGGAUGUUCGAACGACGAGGGUCGCCCUGUCAACCGGAACCCGGACGUCAGAAAGAAACAUCCGACGUUCAAGACCCCUGACUGCCUGCACCGAAAGCCACAACCCCUCGCUGACAAAGGCUGAACCUAAACACGGGGCGACCAAAACUUCUAACAAACGCGAAGAAGCAAGCAGCAUUGAGCAGAUCGGAGCGGCGAUUCGGUCAGCGAUCAGCGCCCAUGAAAGACGAUCGGCAAAAGUGUCGUCGCCCUGCAAAGGAGCUUCGCUCUCUCGACGAAGCCUCGCCGUCGCAAGUUCCGGGACUCCAAUGUCCGACCAACUACGGGAGCGUCUGCAAAACGUGCGAGCCGAAAUCCGACGAAGCGAGGCCGCGCAGCGAGAAGCGCCGGCUUUUCACUGUCAUUUUAAAGAAAAUUAAACGUAUUCGAGGGAAACUGACAUAAUAAUUUACUCCGCUCUUUAUGCGAUCACGUGGUUCGUUCGCAGAUCCGUAGCGCAUACCACAGAUGUUUUCUUAGAUCUAUUGUUGUAGGUCUAGCGUGACUUCCUGUUUGGAUAAACAGGACGUAAUGAUGUUUUUUUUUUUGAUUCAUCGCAAUAAUGUGAUGAAACUCAAGCUAGAAUAGAAAAAAUACAGAA